CUCUUUCGAGCUCUGCAUUCGAAAGAGAGGGACUUGUAGCCGCAGCCGCGAUAGAAAUACGAAGAGUAGGAGUUGAACCGAGUAGAACACAUUGCAGUAGUUCUGUGUUCGAGCAGUGUCUCCACCAGCAAGUCUUCUUGGUGUAUUAUGUUAGAGGAGGCUGAGAGACUGAGGCGACUAUGACUAGGAUUUGUAGUUCUCGGUGUUGGUACUAGUUGUCGUAGAACUCGGAGUGCUACAACAACAACAACUACUACUACUACUACUCCCUAACUAGUACUCCCCGACUACUACUACAACUACUACUAAGGGAUAGCAAGAGUAGUAGUAGUAGUAGUAGUAGUAGUAGUAGUAGUAGUAGUAGUAGUAGUAGUAGUAGUAGUAGUAGUAGUAGUAGUAGUAGUAGUAGUAGUAGUAGUAGUAGUAGUAGUAGUAGUAGUAGUAGUAGUAAUGCGGUUCUAGGUCUAUUGAGCUGAAAGAGUCCAAUUUUAGAGAAGCGACUACUGGGUGUAGGGUAGAGCGGAGGAUCUUAAAGAGACAGUACUCGCUGCUUUGAGUUGCUAGCUGAGCUUCAUGGACGACUAAGGCAACCCCGUUUCACUGUGAAUAGGAGGAAGGAUUUUUUCUCCACGUCAGACGGGUAGAUAGAAAAAGAGUCCAGGAGGCUUGAUGCACUCACCGAUGAUCGACGGCCGCCUUCGCCAUCACCAACAUCAGGUCUAUUGCUCCUUAACCUCCUCAUCACCAUCUUCAUCAUCAGGCUGCUGCGACCCUUGUAGUCAGAGACAGAAGAGCUAGCUCGACCAAGACGAAGAAAAGACUCAAAAUAUCCAAUUCACUCAAUCGGAGAGGACUCCCUCAUUGGCCAAGACUCCUUACUCGAUAGCUGGUUGGAACAUCCCCAAAGCGAACCUAACCUCCACGAGUUGUGCUUAUUCGAACAUGUGCCAUUGGUUGUGCCGUUCCUCGCCGUAAUUGGGAGCAAACAUGGCUGCAACUAGUCGGCUGCCACUGAAUCUGGUCCAAUGUCUGGGUGCUCGAGAGUACCGAGGUCCAAGCUCAUGGAAUGAUCGCUCUUAUCUGCAAAAAAGGCUGGAUCAUACCUCUUACUUGUUCAGACGCGAUCUUUUGGGACAUUUUGGGUGUGUGAAUGCCUUGGAAUUUUCCAAGCCCGGACAUCUAUUGGCCUCGGGGGGCGACGACCGGCGCGUUCUCCUUUGGAACAUCAACGAUUGUUUGGAUGGAACAAAGCAAACCCCUCAUAACCCCAUGGACGAUGCUCACAACUCCAACGUGUUCUGCUUGAGCUUUAAUCAAGAUUCGACCAAGAUUUUUUCAGGAGGCAAUGAUGAAAUGGUUCUGGUCCAUGACAUCGAGACCAAGAAGUCCCUGGAUCUUUUCAUGCACGACGAGCCAGUGUAUGGGGUGGAUGUUAACCCUCAAAACGAGAACCUCUUCGUCACGGCAUGCUCUGACGGGCGAGUUCAACUCUUUGAUCUGAGACAGCCCGCAAGUGAGGAUCCCCUUCAGAUUGCUGGAUAUGCCUUUAGCUUCCAUUCGGCUGUCUUUAAUCCUCAAGACCCCAGAUUAAUUGCAACGGCCAACCAAAAAUAUGGCCUAGGUUUGUGGGAUGUUCGAAAACCGGGCAAAUGCGUACUUGAGUAUGGAAAUCCCCCCAACCGCUCACAAACCGCCAUGUCGGUUUGCUUCGACGGAGCUGGUCGACGAUUGCUCGGGUUGCGACGACGACUACCCCCAGUAGUCUUUAAUAUUGAAUCGCCAGAGAUCGUUGCCGAAUUCGAUCAUCCGGGUUAUUACAAUAGCUGCACCAUGAAGAGUUGUUCUUUCGCCGGACUUAAUGAUGAAUAUAUUAUGUCCGGUUCAGAUGACUUUAAUCUAUACCUUUGGAAAUUGCCCACCAAAGACGAAACGUGGGUUAACCGAGCCCAUUUGGUUCUCCGAGGACACCGUUCAAUAGUCAAUCAGGUCAGAUUUAACAAGGAGCUGGGCGUCAUUGCCUCGGCCGGAGUCGAGAAAGUGGUAAAAAUGUGGAGUACCUUGCCAUUUUGUUCGGAUGAAGAUGCUGGAGUCAGUCAAUCCUCCUCCUUUCCGAAAAAUAGACGGCUUUACUCCAGACAAGAAUACAUUGAGCUUGUGGUUCAAGGCGGAUCCGACAUGACCCACGACUACUCCGGAGAAUCCAUUCAAGAAAAUAAGAGAAUGAUCGCUUUUUUCGACUCGCUUGUUCAGAGAGAUGUAGAGGGCUUGACAUCCUCGGAUGAAGAUUCGCUGACGGAUAGCGCUAGAAAUUCUGGUACAGACUCGGAUUUUGAAGAAGAAGAGGUUGAAGAGGAUCACUCCGAUUCGGAUUCGGCCACACAAAGUCGAACAGCCUCAGCCAACUCUUCACCAACUUCAAACAGUUCUGAAAGUGAAGAGAAAAAUUCGCGUCCCACGAUUAAGAGGCUCAUUGCUCUACGCCGCAAACAAACUAUGCGGCAUUAUCGUCCGAAGAAAUAUCGUAAAAUUGAUCCCGAACACAUGGCCAAGAGUUUGAGUAAUGCUCGAUCUGUGAUAGUAACCACUUCCUCAACUGAAGACACGAGUAGUGACGAGGACUUUCAAUUGAAAGACUCGGGCGACUCUCCUCAUCUCUGUUCUAGCUCGGUUGGGAGUGGCAAAUCCAGCACCAGUUCCCUCUUAGCAUCUUCGUCGAUGACCUCUACGAGUUCUAGCUUAUCGGCUGUAGCGGCCUCACUUGUUCCUGAGGCCUUGAAGGUGAGCCCUCCGGCUCCGUCAUCAAACAAAGACAAAGUUCGCGAGGAAAUUCUUCUCGCUUUGCAACAAACGGAUGUCUGUGAUAACACCCCCCCCCCUGAUCAAGCCACUGAGGACGCGAUUAUGUUGGCCCCUCAAGCUUUAGGUGAUGAUCAAGUCACUUGUCCAACUCCGUCAGCAAGUACUUCAACUCUGUUCGGUGCACACACUUCCACAGCAUCUCGAGAAAGCCCGGCUGUGGUAGAGACCAAUGCCAUUAAGUUCAAGUCCUCAUCCAAAGGCAAGGCUCGUGACCGUGGCUACCGAAAUCACUGUAGAAGAAGCGAGUGAAUUGGUUUUUAUAACAAUUUUGAGCCAAGUUAUCUGGUCUAUUUUGAUGUGAUUGUCCUUAAGAAGUUCGUAUGAAAAUAAUACACCAGUCCUCAAAAUAA